AUAUAAAUAUCUGUUGAAAAGCUAAUUUUAUUAUCAGUCUUCCACCAGCCUUCGUCUGCUAACUUGAUACAAUAUCAUAAAGAUGAUCGGAAAGUUCGUUGUCAUUUUCGCCCUUGCGGCUGUGUGUGCUGCGGAUUACUCCCAGUUCUCUUACGGUGUAGCGGACCCCUACACCGGCGACUACAAGAGCCAAAUCGAGAGCCGCGCCGGAGACAGGGUCCGUGGCCAGUACUCCCUGCUCGAUGCUGACGGCACCCGUAGGACUGUCGACUACGCCGCCGGUGCUGAGGGCUUCAACGCUAACGUCAGGAAGGACCCCGCUCUCAUCCCCGCCGCGCCCGCUUCCUACGCUGCCGCCGCUCCCGCCUACGGAUACGGAUACGGAUAUGGGUACCCUUACGGCUACUACAACAACGGUUAUGGAUACAACAACUUCGGUUACGGAUACAACAACCUCGGCUACGGAUACAAUAACGCGGCUUACGGAUACGGCGCCUACGGUUAUGCUGCCCCUUACGCUUUCAGACGAUUCUACUGAACAAACGGAUUUGAAUAGAUUAUAAUUAACUUUAAAUAAUGCUGUUUGAAUAAACUAUAAAGUUUA